UCUCUCUCUAUUUUUUUUUCUUUCUUCAAUAGUCAUUUCUAAGUCCAACCAUCUGUUUUUUUUUUUGACAUGACCUUUUGUUCUUCUCUUUUCUCUCUGUAACCCAAUUUGAGUUUGUUCGAUUCGAUCUACGGGUUUCUUGAUCUUUUAUUACAAGAACUUUGAGAAGCUUCAGUUUUUUCUUGGGAUCCUCGUCUUUUUUUGGGUGUUUUGGUCGGAUGGUGAUCUUCUCGAUGUCUGUGCUAGGCUUUGGAAACUAAAUGGAUUUGGCGUUUAAGCUUGAUUCUAUCCGGCUUUGAACUCGUUUGAAUUUCUUUUGGUGUUGGUUAGAAAAUUUUGUUGGUGUUUUAAUUAUGGCUGAGGUUGGUAAAGUUCCGGUUAGUGAUAUGGAACUAGACGAUUCAAGCGAGACUAAAGUAGCUGAUGAUGUUGUUGCCACUGAUGAAAUGGAGGCUAAACCAGUGACUGUAACUAGAGCUGAAACUGUUGUUGAAGGCUGUCAAACUGAAAGUUCGAAAUCUGCAGAGUGCAAGGAGCUACUACAACCUGUUCCUCAUACCACAGCUUCACAGUCGGAAGUAGAUGUCGCUUCCCCGACAUCCGAGAAACCACCAAAGAUUUCUGAAAGUAGCACUGCCUUGUCUUUGCAGUCUGGUUCGGAAGGGAAUAGCCCUUUUAUUCGCGAGAAGGUUAUGGAAGACGGGUACAACUGGCGGAAAUACGGACAGAAGCUUGUUAAGGGGAAUGAGUUUGUCAGGAGCUAUUACAGGUGCACGCACCCAAACUGCAAAGCCAAAAAGCAAUUGGAACGGUCGCCUGGUGGACAAGUCGUGGACACUGUUUACUUUGGUGAACAUGAUCAUCCAAAGCCUCUUACUGGUCCUGUACCUAUCAAUCAGGAUAAACGAAGUGAUGUCUUUACAUCUGUGAGUAAAGAGAAAUCAUCUGGAUCCAUUGUUCAGACACCUCGCCAAACCGAACCACCAAAGAUCCACAGAGGAUUACAUGUUUCAGUUGUUCCACCAGCCGAUGAUGUGAAAACUGAUAGUUCACAAUCAAGUAGGAUAAAGGGAGACAACAGUCACAAGGAUUAUAAUAGUCCUUCCUCAAAGCGAAGGAAGAAAGGAGGAAACAUUGAGCCAAGUCCUGUGGAGAGGUCAACCAAUGAUUCACGCAUUGUGGUUCACACUCAGACUCUGUUUGAUAUUGUGAAUGAUGGGUACCGAUGGCGUAAAUAUGGUCAGAAAUCAGUAAAAGGCAGCCCAUAUCCGAGGAGCUACUACAGAUGUUCAAGCUCUGGAUGCCCUGUCAAGAAACACGUAGAGAGGUCAUCUCAUGACACUAAAUUGCUUAUAACGACUUACGAGGGAAAACACGAUCACGAUAUGCCUCCAGGAAGGGUUGUUACUCAUAAUAACGUGCUGGACUCGGAAGUUGAUGAUAAAGAACUGAAUGUUAAAGAAGGAGAUGCCAACAAGACUCCACAAAGCUCAGGUCUUCAAUCCAUUAUAAAAGACCAGCAUGACGAAGAUCACCCAAUAAAGAAAACUAAGACUAAUGGCUUUGAGAAAAGUCUUGAUCAAGGUCCUGUCUUGGAUGAGAAACUGAAGGAAGAUAUAAAAGACAUAUCUGAUGUAAACAAAGAUCAUGCAGCCAAUCACACGAAGCUAGAAACAAAGUCAGAUGAUAAAACCACAGCUUGUCAUGAGAAGGCAGUGAGAACCUUGGAGACUGAGGAACAGAAACCCAAGACAGAGCCUGCCCAAAGCUAAGCAUUCGGUGUUGUUGUACCGAGUGGUAAUUUAUAUGGCUGUUUUAACAUAGAUUAGUACAGGCGAUAAUGGUUAUAGACUGUACAGUUGUUGUUCAGGCGGGACCAGAUUUAGAUUAGUGUUUAAUGGAAUAGUAUGCUUACUACCCUUAUAUAGCCACUUCCAUUUGGUUCAAAUAAGAGUUACAGGAAGAGAUGGUAACACAACAUGAGUCUUUCUUUGUCGAUGGAGCCUGUGUAAUAGUUGUAGUAUGGGGAUGUAUAUGAUUUGAUUCAACCUUAUUAAUGGUAUUGAGACAACCAUCUAUUA